UUCGUUGAUUCAUUCGCUCGGCGUGUCCAGACGUGCGCGGUGCUCUGCUGUCCACAGACGGGCCACUCUCGUCGUCGUCAUCGUCGUCCGAAUAACAAAUCGUACGUGUUGGUAUUUCGUCGCCGUCGUAUAUAGUUUCGUGUUUUGUUUAUUCUUGCAAGACAUCGACACACGAGCCCAUAACGGCGGUCGUCCGAUACAUCAAACGCCUUUGCGCUUUUCUCUGAUAUUUUCUAAUUUCCGCCAUGCGAAAUCCGCCGCCGAUAGUGUUUUAAUAUUAUUAUUUUUGUUCGCACGCCCGCGAGACGACCGGAAACGAUAUCAUAUAAUAUCAACAUGAUCAGUUCGUUUCAGAACCUGAGCAGCCCGGCCACCGUGGCCGCGUACAACCCGAUGGCGUACAGCCACCACACCGGCCACGGCCAACAGCUUCAUUCCGUGUACGGCGCCGUGGCCGCGGCCGCGCACCACGCAGCCUACAACGCGGGCCAGCAACCGGUGCCUUACCAUCCGGCGGAUUACGGGUCGCCGGUGCCGCCGGUGCCGCCGCCACAGUCGCACAGGUACUACGAAACGCCCAACAGGCAGAUGACCACGCCGGAACCGCCGAACCGCAAGAAACCCGUUCCGCAACAGCCGCCCGUCCAGUUCACCAGAGUCCAAAGCGGAGUGCCCGGCGGUAAGACUUCGUUGCACGCAGUACUAGACUACGACGAGGAAGAAGAUGAAUCAUUAGAUUACUACGAUGAAACGUACAGUCACAGCGGAGUGACGCCAAUUCAGGGUCCUAUAUUUUUAAGAAACGGUUCCGUGCCGGUUGUACCGUUGUACGGUUACCAAAAAGUGAGCAACGGAUCUCUACUGCAGAUACCGGUAUUUUGGACUGCUCUUUCAUUUGCCUUAGGAUAUGAAAUUGGUGGAGAUGUGAUUCGCGGAACUCCGUGUAUUAAACGAAAUCACCAAUUGUUUUGUCCGACAGCAGGAAAAAGUUACCCAGUAGACCGAAUCGACAGAUUUAUUGAUGAAAAUAAGGCACUCAUGAAACGAAUGUAUGGCGAUUUUGAAAUGAUGGAGAACGGGCCGUUCCCCAAGGCAAAAAGAUCAACAGCUCGGAAAAGAAGACAAGACUCUAGUUUUUCGGAUAAUCAAUCGAAACCGAAUAAGCUGCCGACCAGAGGUCAACCUGCAGAUUCUGGAAGGAUAGACUCUUGUGAAUCUAAAGUAGAAGUGGUCACUCCGUAUUGGGCUUCAAACAGCGUGGGUAAGACCAGAGCGAUUGUUAACACGGAACACUUUGAACAAGCUAUUCACCAAGAAGUCUGCACAAAGACGCUGACGGGACGCUGUUCUGGGGACUGUGGAUGCGAACAAAAGUAUAAAUGGCACAGGUUGUUAGCGUACGAUCCUGAUAACGAUUGUAAAGGGAUAUUUAUGGAUUGGUUUUUGUUCCCGUCUUGCUGCGUGUGCCGAUGCGAUUCAACAACCCCGAACAAUGUUUAGCGAAUAUCGUCAUUAUUCGCGCAUGUCAACUUUGUACUUAUUAUUAAAUAUUAUAUACAUAUCACAUAUAAAUAUAUAUUUAUUAUCCUUUAGUAUAACAGUUUAGGAAUAAUACCUACGCUUAUAUUAUAACGUUUCGUAUACAUAUAUUUAUAUAUUAUUAUUCAGUGCCUUUAUUUAAUAUAAUAUGCUUAACUACGUACGUUUGUGAAAUUGUCAUAUAUACGCGUCUACAAGAUAUUUUUGUUUGGUCUUGGAAGUAAUCCUCUUACGAGUAAUAAAUUAUUAAGUUUAAAUGUA